AUGGAUCAUUUUCCAGAUACUCCAAGUGAAUCCAUAAUUGAAUUAAGUUCAAAAGCUGAAGACGGCGACGCACUCGAUCCUCGAGUUCAAAUUGAAUUAGAACGACUAAAUCAUGCUAAUGAAGCCAUCAAUCAAUUAGAACUUCAACGUGAUGAAGCACGUAAAACAUUCGACAACUUUAGACAGAAAGCAGAAGACGAAUUAAUUCAAUUAGAAAAAAGUAUUGGUGAUGCUGUACCUAAAUCACGGUGCUAUUAUGAAGCUCGAAUUAAACUUCGAGAUGCUAAAGAAAUCUUGAUUAAAGCUAAACAUAGAUUUGAACGUGCUCAAGAAUUACAUGUAGCCGCAAAAGAAUUAGCUAUAGUCUCGGCUGAUUUUAUUGAUGAAGCGGAAAGGUCACAUCAAAAUGCAGCAGCAUGGAAUGAAACCUAUCAUCAAGCUUUAGCAAAAGCGCAGGAUGCGGAAACAGAAAAGUAUCAAGCUGAUUUUGAUCAGCAAGUUGCUCAAAGAAUUUUUUCUGAAACAGAAAAAUUAGUUGAAAAACUACAAAAGGAUUUGCGACGAUCAAUUAAUAAAUCGAAACCUUAUUAUGAAAUGAGAGUAGAACAUCAUCAAGAAUUAGACUUUCAAAAACGUAAAGUCUAUGGUCUUGAACGUUGUGUUAGUGAAGCUAAACGUCAAUAUCAAGAAUCAUUGAGAAAUCUCGAACAUAUCAGUAAUGAAAUUCAUGAACAACGGAGUCAAAAGAAAUCAAACAAAGAUCUUGGACAACAAAUCUCAAAUAAAGAAUUGCCAUCAACACCACUUCCAUUACCAAUGAGCAAUCCAACAGCACCCAUACGAAGAAAUUACUCCGAUGAUGUACUUCGUUCUUGUUUACUCCGUACAGAAACUUUACCACCUGGCAUAUUUACUAACGCCACGGAUGAAGGUUUCCCAACACUUCAUGAACCAAUAAAUCGACCAGAAGAUGAUAUUAAUGAUCAAUUUAUUCUUUAUUCAAAAGAAGCACCACGUGCAACUAUUGUAACGAAAUCAGAUUACGAGAAGAACACAUUAGUUAAUAGUGCUCCAGAAAAAUUACCAAACUUAGCAUCACGAGUAUCACAGACGACAGACGAUGACGAUGAUAGAAGUGGUUCACUUCAUGCUUUAUCUGAUGAGCAACUCAAUCAUUUUAAUCCAAUCUACUAUUCUUACUCAUCAGAAAUAUUACCACCAACAGGUACGCAUGAUCCAUCAUUUCAACAAACAAUGGAUAUUGCCUCAGAAUCUGUAAUAUUUUAA